UUAUUUGGUGGCUUGCUUAUUGGUGUAGGUCUGUAUGCUUUUGUUGACAAAUGGCAAGCCACUGGUUUAGUAAAAGUCGAGACCAUAUAUGAUGUUGUUCUCAACAUAUCUCUUGUUAUGGUGAUUGCUGGUGGUGUGAUUUUCAUCUAUUCGCUGUGUCUCCUUAUAUUUUUCCUUUUGGAGAUGGCCAUUGCAAUAAUGGGAUUUGUAUUUCCUCAUACAAUGCAGUCGUUGCUGGAAGAAUCUUUCACAGACAAAAUCAUUCACACAUACCGAGAGGAUGCGGAUCUACAGAAUCUUAUAGAUUUUGCUCAACAAGAAUUUAAAUGUUGUGGACUAAGUUCCGAAGGCUACAUGGACUGGUCAAAAAAUGAAUAUUUCAACUGCAGUUCUCCCAGUGUCGAAAAAUGUGGAGUUCCUUUCUCAUGCUGCAUGAAUGCAACAGACAUUUCUAGUGGAUUAGUCAACAUUAUGUGUGGAUAUGGUGUCCAAGAGUUGUCGGUAGCAGAAGCUGGGAAGAAAGUAUGGACUAGUGGUUGUAUUGAAAUAGUACGUUCUUGGGCAGAGAGAAACUUGUAUACUAUAGCUGGAGUGGCAUUGGGCAUUGCUUUGUCUCAGUUAUUUGUGAUCUACCUAGCAAAAACAUUAGAAGGUCAGAUUGAGCUGCAGAAAUCGAGGUGGAAUACAUGAAACAACGCCUCACUCAACGAGUUGAGUGCUCGGCGAGAAACUAAAUAAUAAUUUCACAUAUGAGAGUACAUUCUGCCAUCAUAUUCUGGACCAUGAUAUGCCGGCCAAUAAUUAAGUGCAUCAGUGAACAAUUAAUACUAUGCCUAUUUACAAUGAAGGUAUCCGUAAGGUGUUCUGAUUGUACUUAGUGUUCAGAAGCUUACUGUCUGCCUCUUCAUGAAGUGUUUUCUCUUCAUAUGUAUGCAGUUCUGCACAUGGAUUUUAAUGCAAAAGAUUUUUCGUCAGUGGAGAACGUUUCCUAUUUAGUAAUGGUAUAUGACUUGAGAUGGCCAACUGCUUAUGUACCUAAAUUUUUGUGUGUAAAUAAUUUGUUGGCAUCUUAUAAUUCCAUAUUUUGCUCAUUUGUAUCUACACAUACUGUUUUGAGUUAUUUGUGGAAAAAUAGUUUUAGUCAUGCCCUGUGAUUUAAUGUUAAAUGACCAGAUUGAUGUGAAGUUUGUCCCAGUGUUAACUUUUAAAAUAUGGAAUGAGGUGUUUUUCAGCCUUGGAGGUGUGAAUAUGAAUUUUCCAAUUUGUCUGUUCAGUCCGUGUAAAAAGAUACCAGUACUCGAAUUAUUUCAAAAAGUGCUGUGACAUGGGUCUAAAGAAGCUGCCAGUAGAUUUACAUGUAUUAUACAGACAGUAGAUAUACAAAUAUAAAGAUAUUUUGAAAUUCUAAGCCAAAAUUGAGUUUGUAAUAAUCUGACCUGACAGCUGUGGGUGGGAGAAUCUCAUUUUUUACUAAGCCUGCCAGAUCAUCUAGACUGUUUAUUCUGAAAUAAAUAGUGAGCAAAUAUUUGAAACUCCUUGCAUUUAGUGUGUGAUUGAAGUGAGCAACUUAAUUGGCUUGUGUUUGGUAGUGGAGUUAUUGCAGAAAUGAACUAGUGAGUUGUGACUCGAGCUAGGGAAUAGACAUGUGAAAUGACCAGUCCUAAAAUAAUUUUAAUUCAGAAUUGUCAAUUGAUGGCUAGCGAAGUCAUAUUGACCUUCCAUUUCACUUGAUAUUAAAAUACUUUUGAACUAUUUUUUUAAGCAAUUUGUAAACUAUACCUACAUUUGUUUUGUUAAAAUCAUGUAAACAAAAUAAACUAUUGUAUUUAAUUACAUUUACACAUACCUCAUAAAUGAUUGGCUUUCUAGUGAAAUGUUUUAAGUAAAUUUUUUAGUUUUUUUUUUUUUUUAUGUUCUGAAUUCUAUUAAUGGUGUCCAAUGGAUUUUUUUGUAUGGAAAAGAUGUUUUUAUUGUGUAAAACAGAUUAAGUUCAUCUCCCAAUGUUUUCCUAAGAAUUGGGUUACUGGCUCAAUACUAAAUCUCUUUACUUCAUGUCUUUUGCUUGCAGGCUGACAAAAUAUAGAUUUUUUCCUAAAUUUGUAUCAUUAUUAACAAUUCAUUUCUAUCUUAAGUGGAAAUAUAUUAUGUUGACAUCAAUUGGCUUAACUUUACGUAAAAAUCAAAAAUGGGUAUACAAUGUCAAGGCUUAAAUUUUUUAGGGAAAUACUCAGAGAUUUUUGUCACACAUAAUCAGGAUUGUCAGAGAAAAUCAGUGACAUCUAUCUCUGGUAGCAUGUGCUACCGAGAUCAGAAAUAUUAAGAUCUUAAGGAGAUUCAAGGGGUGGAGGUCAGAGCUAUGCAUUCUGUGGGAAAACAACUAGAUCUACGUGCUUCUCCGCAGUGUGUGCUCAAGCUCUGUUACAACCAGUUGCGAGUGCUUGUGUCCAAUCGUCACAGAGAGCUUUGAUGCUUAUUCCCUUCUGUGCGAGUGCUCCAACAUUAUUUUUUAUCUGGGGCAACUUUUCCUUGUCUGAAUGAUCAUAUCUAAUGAUUCUUUUACAAAUUCUGCCAUUCAUUAAGAAAGUGAGCUAGGCAUAGGUAAUAAUACACUUUGAAAAUAUAUUUUCUCAUUGGUGAAUUCUUGUGGCUAUUCUUCUGGCUCCUCCAGGAUGAGAAGUAGCAUUACUCCAUGAGAUUAUGAAAUAUAAUUUUCUCACUCAAAGUUCUUUAUUCAAUGAACAUUUUAAAUCAAAGUAAUUUCAUGAAAAGCCAUUAGUCAGUCUUAAAUGUAUGCCUAUCUGUAAUUAUCAUGAACUGUAUCCAUUUUGAGCAUUCUCAUUCGUAUUUGAAAAAUUCAAUAGAAUUUUAGUUGUAAAAUCUAAUUAAUACUGUGGCCUUUUUAUAUGUAUACGAAGUUCACAGACUAUUUCCAGAUAUUCCACAUUGAAAUUUCCUAAUUUCUGUUGGGGCUGCAUCGUUUCAAUGCUAUUUUCUCACUGCUAAUUUUAUUACAUGAUUAUUUCAAGAAUGUGAUGCUGGAAAGGUUAGUUUAAAGAGAUUGAUACUUCUGGAUUACCAGAAUUCAUCGAAUGGCAACGUGUGAGCGACGUCCUGCAGUGCCAAGUGUCAUGCGCCAAAUAGCAAUUGACUGCUGCUUACUACUCAUGCUGAAGGUUUAAGUUGGCUCUCACGAUUGACAAUAACGGCAAGUGCUUUGCCGAUUUUCCUUCAAGCACUCGCAAGGUAUGACCCCAAGCAUUGGUCAGCUGUUUUUUACAAAUUGCAGAGGUCGCUUGAUUGAGAAUUUUUCUUUUUGUGUGCUAACAAAUGAAGUUGAAUUCUUUAAAUGCUCAUUUGAUAAUUAAAAAUAUUCCGUAUAAAGAAGAACUAACCCCAUUUAUUUGCUAUUUAGGAAUUCUUGGACGUCGCCGUGUGGCUGCCUUCAGAUUGAAUUGUAUUGAUGUGAUAAGCGUUGAGUGGGCAACGCAACGUGGGAGUAGAUAUUAAGUUUGCAAGUUUUCUUAAGAAAUUAGAAUAAGCUGCUGACACAGCUAGAGGACGGGAAAUAUUAAUUGUAAGAAUAGAAACUUUCAAUUUUGUUUUGGAAAUAGUAGAAAAACUGCAAUUAUGUAAAAAAAACACCUUCAAUAAUCAGAACGUUACUUUAAAUACUUUAUAGAGUGCCUCGAAAUAUUCAAUAUUAGCUAGGUCAGAUAUAAUCACAGAGAACAUAUAUCAAAAGACCGAUUGUUUGAAUCUCAAAAGCGAUAAUGUUAGGAUGGGCUGGGCAAUGAGUUUCUUACAUCUCACUAUUUACCAAUUUAGAAUUAAGCAUGUGCAAAGUAACAUAUUUCUCAUUCGUACUUCGCAGAGAACAAUUGCAUUCUUGAAUGUAAUACAACAUUUGAUCACUAAUUUUUCUUUUGUUGACUGCUAAGAAAAGUUUGUUUUGCAGUGUGAAUUUGUAUUUCUAAUUAUAAAGUCAUCUCAACUAUGGAAGAUAGGAUAAGUGUCUGAACUGAUUCAAAAACUGAAACCAUCAGCAACAUAAUUGAUCAAGAGGAAUCAUGGUUGGUGACAUUUUUCAGCUUGAAUAUUUACAAUUGGGAAGUGCACAGAAAUAUGGAUCAGAUUAGUGGCAGUUACCCCUGUGCAACUGUUACCAAAGAUACUAAUGUUUGCAUGAUUAUGAGUGUGUAUAGUGAAUAAUACUAGUGAUAUGGCAUUUUUAUUCCAAUCAUGUUUGUGUUCAUGAAAGGGGUUGCAUUAACACAAGAAGGGAUAACACACUUGUAACUGAUUAGAAAUGCAACUCCAAUGAACUAACAAUAGUACUGCUUAGCAUUUGUGUGAAAGUAAAAGCACAUUGUACUAAUGUGUACAGAACAUUCAGUUAUGUGCCAAAAUGCAUUUUUUAAUUGUUACCAUACUAUUUUUUAGUUUUUGUUUUUAUGCGUUAGUGUUUAUUUGAAUGGUUGGAGAUAAGAAUGGAAAUUACUGUAAGAAAAGUAAGAAAUUAUUUUGAGAUUUUUAAAAAAAAUAUUUAAUAUUGUUCUUUGGGUAACCUUACUCGUGCUUUCAUCAUUGCCAAGCUAAAUAAGUGGGAUUUUAAGAUUAUUUAUUUUUUUAUUAAGAUUCCAAUAUCAGAUAAUGUUUCUUGUUGGAAGUGUAACUUAACAGCCAAUUUACAAAACAGAUUCAUUUCAUGACUAAAUCUGUAUUUUAUCAUGACACAUUUAUAAGACAGCUUUGUAGUAAAAACUACAAACUGGUUAAUGGAAAAUUGCAAAUAUUGUGUGUUCUUAAAAUGUUACAAUUUAUUGUUAUAAUUUUAUUUCAGAAUUUCAACUCUUUUUUACAGCUGUAAAUUGUUCUAAAUAUUUAGUAGGAAUUCAAAAAGAACUCGCCCCCCUUUUUUAAAAUAAAUCAACUUGUGGAUUGCUUUCUUUUGGCUUGCACAAAAGGAAGAGUCCUCAAGUCCUAGUUAUUUGGUUUAAUGAAGCUGUUUGGUAUACAUAUAAAAAUAACAUUUACAUAUUACUAAUUUACUUGAUCUGAUUUUUAUGGGAAGUUUGGCAACAUUUGCAGCUUAAGACGAGUUUCACUGUAUUCAUGCUGAACUCUUUAAAAGUUGUUAUUUAUGGAAUGUACCAAAGGUAUCCUUUAAGUGUAAGAUAGGCAUGUUUUUUGAAAUUCCAGCUGGAUCUAGAAACUUUCUGGUUUCUAAGCGUUUUGAAGGCAGAAAUGCCUGAGUUGAUUUGGAAAACUUAUCUUGUACUUGAGGCCUCCAAGCUCAUUCAUAAGAUGAAUAAAACAAUGUAUGAAGGGUUCUGGAUCAUUGGGUACUACAGAAUAGUUAUUGAUAAUUUAAAUAAUUUAUAAAAGCAUUGUUUACAAAUUCUCUUUUAUUUAUUUUCCUAAAGUAAAAUAUUAUUUAAAUAUUUCCGUAGCUUUGUAUUUUUAUGUGAUAUCUUAAAUUGGUGCUUUACACAAAUGCUUGGAGACCUCUGCAAAUCCUUGUUAUAUCAAUUUAUUUAAUGUUACUGACUUGUUGGGACCAUUUUCUCAUAUUACCAAGUUACUGUCCCAGAAUAAAGAAGCACUAACUUUUUCCAAAUCCUGAAUCUCUUUUAAGUGACACUAGAACACAGCUUUUACAUGCACAAAGGAACAUUUUGUAACAAUAUUCUUGUCCAAUUAUAAUUGUAAGUGUUGUUUCAAAAUUGAUCUCUGUUCUUUAAGAGGAUGUGGAAGGAAUAUAUCUAUUCCAUUUCAGUGUAAUCAGAUUAACAGAAUGUGUAGUCUCAGUUAUGAGACAAGUAAAAUAUGUCUGGAAGUGAUUAGUGUGUUGACUACUGAAUGUUAUAACUUGCGACAUAGAUCUGCAAGCAUUAGAUGUCGUACAUUCAAAUAAUUACUGUAAAAAAGUUUAUAAUUAGAUAUAAUUUGUCAUAAACAUUAUUGAAAGAAUAUAUAUGUUAUUUACAUUUAAUA